AUGGGUCUGACGGAUCUCUGCGUGGACGUGGUCCUGGAGUUCCUGGGCUAUCUCAGUCUAGAGGAACUGUUGCAGCUGAGGAUGGUUUGUCGGUAUUUGAAUGAGGUUAUUGUUGUGAACCUUCUCUACAUUACAACAGUGGACAAGCGCAUCAGCAAUCGACUCUUUGAGACUGACCGCAAGAAAUGCACCACAAGAUGUUGCUUGAGAGCCAUUAGUAUCGCCCUGACUACAUAUAAUGGUCGGGACUGGGUGCUCCAGAACUACAAGACUGCCGUGAUUCCUUGGAUAGAGUCGUGGAAUGAAGACAAAAGCUGCAUUACUUUCCUUCUGGCAGCUUGGAUGGGCUUGCAGAAUAUCAUUACAUCAGCCCUGGAUCGGGGCAUAAACGCGAAUACAAGCCAUCCUUUGCUCGGGGAUGCCUUGUUUGCUGCGGCCUACAACAACGAUAUCAAUCUUGCUAAGGAGCUUAUCCUACGUGGUGUCAAUCGAAGAAAACGAGAAGGUGCCUUCGGUGACGCUUUCCAGCUUGCAGCCUACAGAGGGUCCGAUCAGUUUGUCCACACAAUGUUGAUGGCUGAUCCGGGUUUGCGACACUACAUUACCCUUGCUACUACGCCGGGAUAUGGACCGUUUGGAAGUGCAUUCAAUGCAGCAGCAGCAGCAGGAUGUAAUCGAGUCGUGAGGAUGCUCUUAGCGCACAAUGCGACUCCUCAUAACCUUGCUCCUAUGCAGAGGAAUGCAUUGUUCCUAGCCGCAAGAAGUGGCAGAGCAAAUGUGGUCAAGUUGCUGCUCCAUUCCGGGCUGAUAGACCCCAAUGUCCCUGACUCUCAUGGCAUCUCACCCCUGUUAGCAGCCAUCCAGGAAGGCCACGAAAAAGUCGUCCGCCUUCUUCUCCAGAUCAGCGAAGUCAAAUUGAAUGACACCGGACGCACAGGCAACAUCCCAACACCACUGGUGGCCGCUGCUAGUCAGGGCAAAGCCCGUAUUGUCCGAAUGCUCUUGAAGCGCCCCGACAUCGACAUCAAUCGCUCUACGUACGGGACUUCUCCAAUAUUCGCAGCAGCAGGCAACGGACACGCAGAUAUAGUGAGCUUAUUGCAAUGCAGACCUGACAUCUCCCUUUUCACCCCCGACCAGUCUCGAUACCUCCUUAACUCAGCCGUUUCCCACGGACAGACAGACAUCGUGAGAACACUGCUAAACAACAGCCAUCACAUCGAUCCACACAUCCCAGACAGCGACGGCCGAGCAUCCCUUCACAUAGCAGUCAUCAAGAACCGCAUAGAGAUUCUGCGCCUCCUCCUCGCCUACAGCACCACAGACCCCAAUCUCACAGACAAGCAAGGCAGCACGCCUCUCAUGCUCGCCACACUCCACAACAACCAUGAAAUCAUCCACCUGCUCAUACAAGACAAUCGAACCCGCUACGACACCAGCGACAUCAGCGGCACGACACUCCUAAUGCAUGCCAUCAUCAAGAACAACGAAACCGUCUUCCACGCCGCCCUCAACCGCACCACAGACUAUCACCUCAACGCGCAAAACAAAACCGGCUCAUCAGCCCUCCACAUCGCCUGCAUCACCAACACUACCUUCGCCCUCGAAGCUCUCCUCUCCUCCACCACCAUAAACCCCAACCUCCAAAACACCCAAGGCCUCACACCCCUCCACUGCGCCAUCCUCCACAAAGCCACCCAAGCCAUCAUCUGGCUCCUCCAAACCCCAACCAUCUCUCCCCAACUCCCAGACCGCAAAGGAACAACACCAUUAUGUCUGGCAAUCGAGCAAAACAACCUCAUCGCCACAGACCUUCUCCUCUCCCAUCUCCUCGUGGACAUAAACCACCCUUCUUCUUCUGCUUCUUCUCAGAACCAUGAACCCGAAUACACACCCCUAAUCCUCACCACCAUAACCAACAACCUCCCCCUAACCCUCCUCCUCCUCGGCCACCCAACCAUCAACCCGAACCUCCCGGACAGCAACGGUGACACGCCGCUCGCCCACGCCGCCAAACACGGCCAUCUAGCCAUAGCAGAGGCCCUCCUCGCGCACACAGCAACAAACCCGCACUUGGGAGCUCAAAUAGGAGGGAUAGUAGGUACACCGCCCCUCGUCCACGCGGCGGAGAACAACCACCUGGAUAUGGUGCAAUUUCUUCUGCAAAGCGGACGGGUAUACCCCGAUGCGCCGGACAGGUACCUCCGCACGCCGCUGAUCGCUGCUGCGGAGAAGGGGCAUACGGAGGUAGUGAGGGAGUUGUUCCGGCUUGGUGGAGGGGAUGUGGAUGUUGAGCAUAUGGAUAUGAGGAGAAUGACGGCGCUGAGAGUGGCAGCGAGGAAUGGGCAUGAGGGGGUGGUGAGGUUCUUGGUUGUGGAAAUUGGGGUGAGGGUGGAUUUGGGGAGGAGGUCUGGGGUUAAAUUGGUGGAGGAAGUUAGGGAGUUGAGGCUUGAGGGAGUGGUGAGGUUGUUGGAAUCUGCGGGUGGGAAUGGUAGUGGUGGGGAGAUAUAUGAAUUCUUUUAG